AUGGCCGAGCAACCUUCAGGGCCUAAACGCGCCCUGUCGUCCAUCUCCCCCAAACCGGUUGAGCCUUCCUCUCUUGCAAAGCCGUCUACAACGCCAUCUCCGCUGCCAAACCCGACCAAGCCGGCAAAAGGCCCAAGUACAAGAAGAGCGUUGAGCUGUCUGCCAUGUCGGCGCCACAAGCUCAAAUGCGACCGUCAUGUCCCUUGCUAUUCGUGCACGCGCUAUCGCCGGGAGGACCUUUGCCGCAAACAUCCCGCACCAUCCUCCCUUCUCGAAGGAGUACGUGGCGGCCCGAAGGCUCAAACCCCCGCGAUUGCCGCCGUUUCCGAUAACUCCGCUGCCUCCGCAACCUCCCAAAUCGCAUCGUACUCUCAUGCCACACAAAUUUCAGCACCAGCACCGUUCCCGCGCCCUGAAACGUUCCCGAAUACAUCUUCGGCGGCGGGUUUGGAUGCCAUUCCACCUGCCUCACUUUCCGUGGCGACCACCCUAUCCCUACGAAACCCCGUUGGCCAGUACAGCGAUACAGUCCAGAGAUUAGCCGGCACUUCAAUUCUCCCCCGGAGCCUUCCCUUUCUUCUUUCCACUGGCCAGACGUCUGCUCGCCAAGCUGAAGUGGCUUUGUUUUGGAAGACCCAAUUGGUCUCGUUUCUGCCUAGCAAGUAUCAAUGUGAUCUGCUAGUCAUGUAUUUCCUUGAGCACAUCAACUGGGUUUAUCAUUUCCUACACCCUCCGUCAUUUCAAGACGAAUACGCAGCGUUCUGGAACACCAGGGUUCAGGAUGUAAACUUGAUUUGGCUAUCUUUUCUUUAUGCCAUCAUGGCCAGUAGUGCCGUCUUUCUCCCAUUUGAUGCCGCGGAGAAGGCCGGAUUUCCUCGCUCGAAACUCCGCAAUAAAUCCCAUGAAUGGUACUCCGCCUCUCGACAAGCUCUCCAUGCCGGCGGCUUUGAAUCACGGCCGAGCAUGACUCAGCUGUUAACGUUCUUAGCUCAUCAACUAUAUUGGCUAGCCACCAAAGACGUCGAAGCGUUGAACUCGUUCUGUCUCACCUUCCUGAGUCGAAUUAAGUUCCCUUGCUAA